GACAUUUAUUCGACAUGUGCUGAUGAAAGCGACGAAUUGUUUGAGUGAAAAAAUUCCGUGUUUAUUUUUCUAAAAAAAUAUAUUUUGCGAAAAUCCAAGUAAAUAAGCCACAGCUAGGAAAAUAAGCGAGUGAAAAGGAAGGUGGUGAGCAGCUCUCUGUGACGGUGGGAAUGUCCGUGACAAAUUCAUUGGAGGAAAUUUUGCACGGUGUCCGGAAACGGAGAGAAGAAAGGGCCCAUGGGAAGAAACGAGAUGAGGCAGCAACGACAAUUCAAGCCCUAAUCCGGGGAUGGCUCACCCGACGACAACUCACACGGCGUCUCCUGACUGACUUUGAUGACCUCUUCCCAGUGGCCAAUGAGGAGUGUGGCCCCGAGACUCGAAUUGAGCUUCGGGGAUGUUUUCAAGUUUACAGCGUAGCAUCGCGAUUUUUGGGGCAAUUUUGCGAAGGUGAUGUGAAUCAUCGAGAUCGCCUGGAGAGGCUCUGUCGGUACCUGGUUGCUUCGCUUGAGUCUGACUCACCGAAGACAAGCUACAUUGGUGUGGCACUCAACAAGGAGCACAGCCUGGCAUGGAUAAAGCAUGUGAAAUUCCUUCUGCACAAGUGCUGUGUCUGCAUGGAGAUGCUGAAGCCAGAGAAGCACAGCGAGAGCAUCUCAUUGGCGCUCUACCUGCACACCUUGGUGGCAUUCACAUGUCCCAACAAUUGGGCUAUUCUGCGGAAUAAAGCUCUUGCCGGACUUAAGCCCGGGAUGCAGCAGCUUUGCAGCAAUAUCUUGGGUGGAUUGAUCCAGAAGGGAUUCUUCCUAUCACUUAGGAAUGUACUGAUUCGUGGUACGUGCAAGAGUCAAGUGACCCUGAAGCCAAUAUCUCUGACUGCCCUCUUGACCCUUGCAACACGCCCCCUUGUAACUGGAAGCUUUAGCGAAAAUCUCCUCACGAUGUUCCUUAUCCAUAUCUUGUCAGUUCCGGCUCUCGUAGCUACGGUAGAGGGGAACAUUCCGGAAUUUAUGGGGCAGCUACAGACACUCAAGAUUUUGCAAUUGAGUGUUGACCUCCUUGGCGGAGAGGUAUCGAUGCGUGUAAUCACAAAUACAAUUCAGGGAACUCAGACCUUGGCUCUCCUUGCCAAUCUUGUGCACCUCUUCCAUGUGGAGGCACUUCCCAUUGCCACGGAAAUGGCAUUUCCGGCCUUUACGUUCAUUACAACGAAACUCCUUCAGAGUAUCCCUGCUUCGGUGGGGCCAAAGAGUGGUGCCUUUACGCAGUGGCACGAACUUCUCGGGUGGUUCUCGCCAUCUGGUCAGGACGUGGCAACGGAUAACUUGCCGGCAAUUAAGCGCCAAAUUCACCUUCUCUGGAGUCAUAGAACGGUCAAAAUUCUCCUUGGGGACAAUCUCAAAGCCCUCACGGCUACGUGUGACAAAGGGGACAUCUAUGUACCCCAACCACCGGGCAAUUCAAGCCUCUUGAAGCGAGCACUCGAGAGAACUGCCAGCAAGGGCUCUGCUCAGGCUAAAUCAUGGCGGAAAUUGGGCUCCACGGAAGUCACACGGAUUUCCCUUGUAGCUGCCAUGUACAAUGCAGCCUUGAGUACCCUGGCACAAUUGAAAUUGGACAUCCUGUCGGGACUCUGCUACACGGACACCGUUCUGCAUGAUCUUUGGCUCCUUGUUGCAUCCCUGGGGCCAAUAUGUGGGCUUAAAUCCUUCCUGGAGUUGCUUCAAGUAAGUGGGGGAACAUCAUUGGCACCCCCGCUCCUGUUGCUGCUCCUCUUCUGCGACUGCAUGACGCACUACGUUACCAUCUUGGAUGACAUUGAAAUGUACGAGCAACAAACACCCUUCCAGCUGUCAGAUUUCGUGGCAUUGUCGUACUUCCUGAACAAUUUUCUCUACCGUGCCAUCCAGGAGGGUUUAUUUGAUCCCAAAACACUCGCAACGUCACCUCUGUUCGUCUCCACGCACACCCUUCUCCUCUGCCUCUACCGCCGUGACUGUAGACGUGCUUUUGCACCACAGAAUCACUGGCUAAUCCACGAGAUUCGCCCAGCACACUUUAUUAGUGAUCUCGACAAGGGGAAGAAGCACACGCAGGUGCUGCUGCAGAAGAUGCCACAUGUGAUUCCGCAUGAGGAUCGUGUAAAACUCUUCCGGAAGUACGUGCAGAAUGAGAAGGCAGUGCUCGGUCUCACCGAGUCUGCAUGCGCAGCUCAGAGUUCGGCACUCAUAACUAUUCAUCGCGAUAGAAUUGUCGAGGAUGGCUAUCGGCAGCUUGCAUUGCCCCCGCAUAGCCUCAAAGGGGUCAUUCGGGUGAGAUUUAUCAAUCAACAGGGGCUCGAUGAGGCGGGUAUCGAUCAAGAUGGGGUCUUCAAGGAAUUCCUGGAAGAGACCAUAAAGCGCGUUUUUGAUCCAGCACUCAAUCUCUUUCGCACGACAUCGGAUCAGCGCCUCUACCCAUCGCCAACGUCCCAUUUGCAGGAGAAUCAUUUGCAGCUGUUUGAAUUUGUUGGACGAAUGCUGGGGAAAGCCGUUUACGAAGGUUUCCUCGUGGAAGUUCCCUUUGCCUCAUUCUUCCUCUCGCAGCUCCUUGGACAAACCCAUCAGGCGCUAUACAGCUGUAUGGAUGAACUACCAUCCCUGGAUAAGGAGCUCUAUCGUAGUCUCACCUUUAUCAAGCACUAUCAGAGCGAUGUAUCAGAGCUUGAUUUAACCUUCUCAGUGGAUGAGGAUGUAAUGGGAAAAAUUGUGACGCACGAAUUGCAUCCCGGAGGACGCAUUCGCCCAGUAACUAAUGACAACAGAAUCAACUAUAUCCACUAUAUGGCCUACUUUCGGAUGCAUACGCAAAUCAAGGAACAAACAGCCGCCUUCAUACGUGGCUUCCGGAGUAUUGUGAAUCCCGAAUGGUUAUCCUUGUUCUCCACACCUGAACUUCAACGUCUCAUUUCGGGUGAUACAGCACCGCUUGAUUUGAAAGAUCUCCGUAAGCAUACGCAAUACUACGGUGGCUUCCAUGAUUCCCACAGAGUUGUAGGAUGGCUGUGGGAUAUACUAGCUAGGGAUUUCACGGAGGAAGAACGAAAACUCUUCCUAAAGUUUGUUACAUCGUGCUCGAAGCCACCACUUCUGGGUUUUGCCCACCUCGAGCCACCAUUCUCCAUACGAUGCGUUGAAGUUGGUGAUGAUGAGGACACCGGGGAUACCAUUGGCAGUGUGAUUCGGGGAUUCUUUACAAUAAGGAAACGAGACCCACUCAAUCGCCUCCCGACAUCCUCGACGUGCUUCAACCUCCUCAAGUUGCCCAACUAUCAGAAGAAGAGUACCCUAAGGGAGAAGCUGCGGUACGCAGUAUCCAGCAAUACGGGCUUUGAGCUCUCGUAGAAAGCAUCCGGUGGUGACCCCCAAAGUGCAAAUAUUAAUCCUUGGUGUGUGUGUUCUUCCGAUGUCACCGCUAUAGUGAUUCAUGUAGUGAUUCUCACCUGAAUGUCCAUUUAAAUAAUAUAUAAAUGUAAAAUAUUGUCUGUUUUCCCCGUGAUUUUUGUUGAAUGUUGAACUGUGAUAGAGCAUCCCCCUUACUAAAGAGAACAAAAAGAAAACCCUUUUAGAUAUUCGGUUAAAUGUAUAUGGGAAGAUUAUAUUAAAGAAUGAUGUAAUAGUUAGAUGAUGAUUAUAUUUGUACAGUAC